AUGUCGCGCGCGGCAGGCAGGCACACCCGCCCCAAGAAACUCAACGCCAAACAAAAUGUCCCGAUCUUUCGUGAGGAUCAAGUCGAUUCUCUCGUCGACUAUGACCUCCAACGUGCUGCAAUAGAAACUGGUGUUGAAAAGGCUGAGGAAUCGGAAUACCAUCUUCAACAAGCCAUAAAAGCAGCUGAGGCGAACAAAGCCGACACCAAACCCAAAGAUGCUUACAUUCCCACUCCACCUACCGUUGCCAGUGAUAUUCAGUAUGACGUUCUGUAUCCCAAGGGGUUCCAGCAACCUGCAACGUACAUCCGCUUUUCAGCCACAGUCGAAGACUGUUCUGGAGUGGCAUAUUGCAUGGAUGAAGAGGAUGAGGCUGCAUGGAAAUCCAUGAAUAGCAACUUACCUCCUGGACAGCCGCCUUGCACGGAAGAUCAAUUCGAAGAGGUCAUGAACUUUUUCGAAGAGACCGCUCAGGCGAAGCAACCGUUUGCCGCUGUCGACAAUCCUCCCGUCUUACCUUUAGAAGAGCUGCAAGAACAGUUCGAUGAGGACACACCUGCCCACGUUCGCAUCCUUUCCCAGUAUGUAUAUGACCACUGGAAAACCAGGCGCACAGCCACUGGUAAUCGUCCGUUGGCUCCUCGUCUGAAAUUCGAGACCGGUCAAGAAUCCGACGACUCAGACCCGUAUGUAUGCUUCAGAAGAAGAGAGCUGCGCCAGAUCCGCAAGACGAGGAAUCGCGAUGCUCAGAGCGCCGAAAAGCUGCGCAAAUUGCGGCUUGAGCUUGAAACUGCCCGCGGCAUGCUGCUGAUGGUCAAGAGAAGAGAACUGCUGCGUAAAGAAUGUCUCGAAGUCGACCGGCAGCUGUUCGAGCAACGGCUUGCCUUCAGAGACACCAAGAGAAAGUUGGGCAUCAAAGGCGAUGAAGAACUUCUCGUCAACCAAAAGGUAAAUCUUGCCGCUCCGAGCAAGAGAGUUUCCCAGACUUACCUAGCCGCGCAGAAGCAGAAAUUGCCACCCGGCAUGACCGCCAACCAAGCCGCCCUCGCGCAACAAUUGCGGAUGCCUAUGGCACCUGGUCCGGGCCCUGAACUCCGCACACUGGAGGAUGUCACCGCUGCUAGAGAACGUGAGAUCCAAAAAGAGAUCCAAACCAAUAUCGAAAAACACAUCAGAUGGAAUGAAGGCUUCGUCGACAAGACCAUGACGCCACUCACCCCGGAGCACGAAGAAGACUAUCCAUCGCCGGAUGGCCUCUUCAGAGAAGCCAUGGCUGCGACCGAGUAUCUUCCCACACCACCUGCUAGCAUCUCGGAUGAUGAGGCGCAGCAACCACGUGAAGGUUCGGAUGUGGUGAUGAAGGAUGUGUCACGGCCUUCCACACCUUUCCGCUACGCCAGUCCCGGUGACGACGAGACCGUUGGGCACAUGCCAUCUUUCCGGCGGAGGAUGGGUAGAGGUGGACGCAUUAUGAUCGAUCGCAAACUUCCUCGGAUGAAGCGAGACUUUUCGGGAGAUGAUAGAUUCAAAUUCGACUCCGAUGAUGAGGAAGUGCGGGAUGUCGAACCGUCGGAAGAAUCUAUGUUCCCUCGAUUAGUUCAGCGAGCAUACCUUCUGGGCAACGCUCGGCCAACCGAUGCUCAAGCAAUGUCAGCCAGAAGAGCUCAACUCGAGACCGGUGGUCCGAGUCAGUCACCUGCGCCCCCCAACCCGCAAGUGACACCCGUACCUUCUUGA